GUGAAGGAGGAGCGCGUUGCUGAUGAGCAGCAAACAAAAUCUCAAACGGAGCAACUCAAAGAGUGGAUGGAUGAUGAGCUGGAAUUUUUCGUAGGCCACCGUAGCAUCUGGGAACGCUCUAGUGGCAGCAAGGCCGGGCGGUUCGGUGGCUUCGAAGAUAAAACGACAUUAAGUCCUCUCCAAUUUACGCACUGCACACCCGGUAUCCUUCUGCCCCAUGCCGCUGUCACUGAAAGAACGUUGCAAAUCUACUCAUUCAAACUUGUUGGACUAACGGAGCAGCUGAAGUGGCCACUCUCUGUUUAUGGCGUGGUUGCUGCCCGAGACACCGUAGACCGCAACCGCAACCUUCUCUUCUCUCGGUCGAGGAUCAGGGGUCAAUUACUCUCUGGACAUGACUCUUAUCUGCGCUUGACUGGCCCGUCUCGCGCAAUUCUAGUUGGGGAUUAUGUUGACUUUGAAGUUGAACUAAAAGUACGUGAUGGAGAUGAUGAGCACAAUGAUACACAGUUGAUGUGUGUUAGCAAGCGGUAUAAAGAAGCAAACGGCGACGGUGAGCAACCUUUACUCUUUGAUAGCCCAUUCUGUACUGCGGAGUUGAGGUUUGAGGUUUUUCCUACGACGGUCCAGCUCACUGUAUUGUCCGUUCGUGUUGUUGGAGGGGAGUUCCCUUUUAGCUCUGGGGGUCAGGUUGCUUGUAUUGUUUCUGGCUGUGAGAGGGUUGUGCUGUUUGAUUCUACUGAAAAAAUUACUAGAGAAGACGAAGUAGUUUUGGAUGGUUAUGUUCCUUUGUCAAGAAACGCCAUUUCAGUAGAGUUUGAAAAAGGAGUGACUGUUGAAGUAACAGCCUAUGUUGAUUCUGGUUCUAUCUCUGAUCUUGUCCACUUCCCUUCCAAGUGGUGCAACAUUAGUCAAGAUAGAUGUUUCAUCUGUGGUUCUGAGGUGGAGAUUACCGUUGCAUGGUCCCGGGUUGUGAGAGACAAGAUGGAGAUGUUGCUGGAGGGAUACGCUACCCAGGUGUAGUGUGCUAUCUGUAAUCAGGAGUGGUAAUUGUAUGUCGGCAGGUAUCAACUAUAUAUAUUAUUAUUUUGUAUGUAGCCUCUAUAUUUUGUAUGUCGGCAAGUAGUAUGUAUGAAGUCU